AUGAGUGCUGAGCGAUCCAAACUCUACGUAGAUUUGCCUGGCUUUAUUACACCGUCAGUUAUCACUGGUGAUCAGUUACGUCCAGACCUUCUCUUGGUAAUUGAAAAUAAAGUUUUAUAUGUUUUGGAACUGACUGUUGGCUUUGAAACAAAUCUUAACUAACUCAUAUCGAAAACAUAAAAAAUACCUGCCGCUUAUUUCAGAUCAAGAAAGUAACUAUGAUAAGAUAAAAUUUGUUAAUGUAUCCAUAAGCUCGCUAGGUGUUUUUGGUCAAUCGACGAACACCUUAACUGAUAUGCUGAAAAAACUGAAGUUCGAUGAACAAUAAAUUAAAUACAUUAAAAAGAAAAUCAUUGCUAUUUGCAUUCCCACAUCAUAUUAUGUAUUCUGUCAGCGAAACAAAGACUGGACUAGCCCAGAGCUUCUAAAAUUUUGAAUAUUAAAUUUCCUAUUUUUGUAAAUUUAUACAAUCCAAAUAUUUUUCAAGUAGUCAUCGAUAAACUACCUUUAUGAGCGAGGUUUAUCAAUGUAAAUAUAGUAUUAUGAAAUAAAUAAAGUUUCCAUUAUUAUUAUUAUUAUUAUUAUUAUUAUUAUUAUUAUAGAUAAAACAUAAAUCAAAACUGAUUUCCCUCAUUGAUGAACUAAUGUCCGAAAUAGAUCUUAAACCUCUUCACCCAAAAAACAAAAUUUUACUUUACAGUCGUUAUGUUUUGUCGAAACUAUCCUGGCAUUUUACUGUUGCUACGAUAUCUAAAACUUGGGUAGUCGAAAAUAUUGAUUCUUCGGUGAACAAGUAUAUCCGAAAAUGGCUGGAAGUACCUAUAUCUGGAACACUAAGUAACGUUUUUCUAACCCCAGUAACUCGUAAUAAGUUUGGUCUAAAUAUCCUCCCUGCAUGAGUCAAAUUCAUUCAGUGUCAAACAGUUCUACGCAAUGCCCUAAAAACAUCUCCAAACGAUUCAAUAAACGAACUGUGGAAGUCAACUAAUAAUCAUACUAACAUGCUACAACUCUGAUAGCUACAACUCAACUAAAGAAGUUUUAAAAACUUUCCAUUCUCAACAAGAAAAUAAACUUAGGAACCAUUUGAAAUGUCAAGGUUCCUUUUUCGAAAAUGUUUCUAAAUUCUCCCUAUCACAACUUUACGCAAUCUGGUCGGUAUCGCAAUCAAAGCUAUACCAAAGAACAUUUUCAACUUUACAAUUCGCUAUAUAAAUAAUACCCUUCCUACCCGAAAGAACCUCAGUAGAUGGGGAAUUUCAUCAAGUUCUGACUGCUCGUUCUGCUUACACCCUGAAUCACUUCUACACGUUGUUGCCGGUUGUCAACAUUACUUGGAACGAUUUACUUGGAGACACGAUUGCAUACUAAACUUUCUUGCAAAAACUUUUCAAAGUUUAAACGAAUGCAAAUUACAUGUCGAUCUUCCUGGAUUUGAAAGCCCCUCGAUUAUUACGGGAGAUGAAUAUCGUCCUGAUUUACUUGUCUCCACUUCAGACAAACACCUCUAUGUUGUUGAACUUACCGUAGGCUUUGAAUCAAACCUCACAAACAAUGUUAACCGCAAGAAAGCUAAAUAUAAAAACCUAAUUAGAGAACUGGAUCAAAACUUUACAUCUGUUAAAUUUAUAAAUCUUUCUGUCAGUUCGCUAGGGGUGUUUGACAAAGAAUGUCAUACAUUCGUAAAAAUGCUAAAUGAGUUAGGACUGGGUAAUCAACACCAACAAUAUUGCAUCAGAAAAAUUAUAUCUAUUGCCAUCCGAUCAACGUACUACAUAUUUUGCUGUAGAAAUAAAGAAUGGACUAAUCCCGAACUAAUGAACAUUUAAAGUAACUAUUUAUAUAAAUAAUCAACAAUUUUUGUAUAUAAAAUUAUAACCAUGCAUGUAUAAGUGAUUCAAGUAGUCAAUUGCAGGUUACCUCAAGAAGUGAGAUUUACAAUUGUAUAUAUCUAUGAAUGUUCUAUUAAUAAAGUUUUCAUUAUUAUUAUUAUUAUUAUUAUUAUUAUUAUUAUUUUUAUUAUUAUUAUUAUGAUUAUUAUUAUUAUUAGUAUUAGUAUUAUCAUUAUUAUUAUUAUUAUUGCACGUAGUCGCUGGAUGUCAGUGUUAUCUCGAUCGAUUUACGUGGAGGUACAAUUCAAUCCUGAACUUUCUUGCCAAUACCUUGCAAUCUGUGAACGGUUCUGCCCUCUACGCUGAUGUGCCCGGAUUCAAAAGUCCGUCAAUAAUAACUGGUGAAAGGUAUCGCCCAGAUUUGUUGCUAUCAUUAUCAAAUGGCUCUCUCUAUGUGGUCGAGCUCACUGUUGGCUAUGAGACAAAUCUCGAGAACAACGUUAAACGGAAAAAAGCCAAAUAUAGAGAACUAGUAAGACAGCUAGAUGAAAACUCCGACGAAGUAAACUUUGUUAAUCUUUCCAUGAGCUCCCUAGGUAUUUUUGCGCAAGAAUGCUCUACAUUCUUAGAAAUGUUAGGAAAUGUUGGUCUCGACAAAAACUACCAAACGUACUGUGUUAGUAAAAUGAUGACUAUUGCCAUUCGAAGUACUGAUUACAUUUUCUGCUGUCGAAAUAAGGAAUGGGAAAGUCCGGACUUGUUAACUAUUUGAAAGAUUUGAUUGUCUUGUAUAUUUAUAUAUUUUCAUGUAUUCAGUUUUGUCAUUAUUAUUAGUUCAUAGUUGUGAUUCAAAUAGCCAAUUGUAAGUUACCUUAAUUAGUGAGAUUUAAAAUUGUACAUAUAUAGUAUAUAACAAAAUUAUUAAAUAAAGUUUCCAUUAUUAUUAUUAUUUUCCGCCCAAAAUAUAAGUCCAUCAAAUUCCAUACCCUUGCCUUGCCUUCGUUUAUCUGUACCAUGAGAGUUAAGGUAACUCAUAUUUGCUACACUUUAAUUCGCUUGCAAACUUUCACCGACUAUCGAGUUUUAAAAAACAGCUUGACAAAAAAAUUCCACGUACCUUCAUUCCCUAUAUUUUCUUCUUAGCUGUAGGAUGUGAGACAUUCGCAGAUGGUUCACCGCUCCUCAUCCUUGAUAAAACAAAAUGUGAAGAACAGCCAGAAUGUUUGGGACAGAAGGAAAUCCGUUUGAGCAAAACAAAAUGCUUCCUCCUGCCAAAUAAAACUCAAUAUUUACACAAUGAUACAUGGAAAGCAUUGGAAAUAAAGAACGGCUGUUUCGCAAUUACAGUGGACAAGGUGUCCCUGCAGGUAUCACAAAUCUGGGGGAUGUGGUGUAGUCCUAAAAUUUUAACAAGGUGGGGCUCAUCUAGGGAGGCAUUUCCGCAUGAACCACAAGCAAAUUGUCGAUUCUAGGUCUCUGAAACACGAUUUCCUGCAUUUUAAGUAAUGUUAUAAAAUUCAUAGUUUUAUCUGAAAUCAUGUUAAAACAGGAGAAUAUACAAUCACUUUAUACAGGGCUCAUUAUUCAGAACACUACCCUAAACAUAAUGAGAAAUAGCAUUACUGGUGUGACCUUAUAAAUUGAAUAGAAGAAAUUGGAACAACUGUAUUUUAAUUGUAUACAAUAAUGCCAAAUCUCAAUACUAAUUUAGUUAAGUUGACCGACCUUAUAAUCACUAUAUAUACCAAAAACAUAAAAAGUUUGAAUAAAACUCUUUUUGUUGUUUUAAAGUGGAAUUUAAACAGAACACCGAAAUGCUGGAAAGGGCUAAUUGUGAAGGUGCAAUUUCAGUGUGAAAGUACGACAACGCAGGAUACAACUAGCGAACAUUGCGUAGUGAUAAAAUACAUGGGAAUAUUUACAGGUACACUUCAACUACAUUUUCAGUUUUUUGUUGUUUUCAAUCGAAUAUCUCCUUGGGGACACGUACCUCUCUAAUAGUAAAUACGGGCAACUCCGGGGCUGAAUUAUUUUGAGCGAUUGAAAUACGUUUUUCAGCCCUAAACAAAAGAACUAGAAUAUACAUAUCAAAGUGUCCAACUGUUCAAAACUUGCUUUGUUUACAAAAGUUAUAUUAUGCAUAGAUUGCUAAUUUGUCCUACAGAUACCAUGCAAUAAUUGGUUGAACAGCUGAGUACUCUGAUAUAUGCGCAUUCUAAUUCUUCCUAACUCAAGUACAUAUUAUACCGGGUGUCCCAUAAAAAAAUUAGACACUGCUUGACUUCAUGUAACGUAAAAGCUAUACAAGCUACAGUAUAUCGCAAUGAAAUAAAGAAAGCAUUCAGAAAGUACUAACUUAGAUUUUGAUAUAUAACACUUGAAUUCAGUUACAUACAAUAUUAAGCGACAUACAACCAAAAUAAAAAUAGUUAUUAUUUAACAAGUAUAACUAUGCAUCGGUGAUUAUAAGGUUGUUUUAUGCUAAUGCAAAAGCAUUUAGAAAUACAAUAGUUAAACGUUCAAACAUCAAUACCGCAGUCAAUAUUGCAUGUAAAUUCAAGUGCUAUAUAUCAAAGUCUAAAUUAGUCCUUUCUGAAAGCAAUGAUCUUUAUUUCAUUGCGAUAGCUUUUAUAGCUUUUACGUUACAUGAAAUCAAACAGUGUCCAGUUUUUUGGGGGACACCCGGUAGUUCAACUGAAAUUUAUCCCCACGCGCAGAACGUCCCAUUUGGAUGCGCAGUGGAAACUUCGAAUUGGCCUAAAUUACAGACAUGCAGUUUCCCAUGCACUUCUGAACGAAAUUAUCAUAUAAUUAUAUUUUCUAUUAUACGGAUCCUCUCCAAUACGGACAAUGCAGGCACCAAAUGGAAUCAUUGGAAUGGCCGCGAUAAAGCGAAUAGCAUUCUAAUAUGGACGCUUUGCAAUGAAUUUCGUUUGGGUUGGUAAUAAAAUUAUACUAAACAAUAUUUUAUUUUCCUGAUGUACAGGUUUCAAUUACGACGAAGAAGAUGUAAAAUCUUAUAAUCCUAAUCAUGCACCUAAUGAUAAACCCAAAAACGGUAUCGAUGCCGAUGGAAAAGAUUUACACAACGAUCAGGAGAGCAAUAGUGCUGGCAAGAAGAAUAUCCUAAUUAUAAUUAUUAUCGUUUGUGUCUUGGUUUUCUUCUGUAUUGCCGGAGUGAUUGGAAUCAUCGUCUAUAAACGCAGAAGCAGGUAAAUUUGCGAUAUGUCACAAGGGAGUGUUGCCUGAAUUUCGUUUCAGUUAGCGUGAACGGUAAAUAUAGAGUUCUAAAACGAAUGAUAAAUGCCCAAGCAUAAUUCCACCUCGAAACUGAAUGCACAAAUUCGCUCGCAUGGGUUGUACAUACAUUUACUUAAACCAGAGUAAUAACAAGUGAAAACCUGUCUGACAUUAUUACAACUGGCUGCCGAAAAAUCAUCAACCUAAAAUAAUCAGUUUUAACUAAUAAAUCUUCAAAUAUGCUUGUUCACUUCAUUUUUUCUUUUCAUAGAUCUCUACGUUCAAAAAACCGUAACACAGAAAAUCCAGGUAAUCGCAUACGAUACAUUGUUGUCUCUAAUUUUAGUUUUUCCAGCUUUGGCUAACUUGUUACUAUUUGUUAAUUUGAAUAAAACAUCUUUGAGUAAUUGAUGAUCUUCAUAUGAGCCUUGCGGAGCGAUUCUGGUCAAAAUGCACUCACGCAAUGUCUAAGAUAUUUGUGACAUUUUAUUUUUGAAAUACUUUUACUAAUGAUCUUGGGAUUGUACUAAUGAUCUUGGGAUUGUACUAACGAUAUCUGGAUUGCAUUAAUGAUCCUCAGCUUGUAUUAAUAAUCUUGGGAUUGUACUAAUGAUCUCGGGAUUGUACUAUUGAUCUUGGGAUUGUACUAUAAUGAUAUUGGGAUUGUAUUAAUGAUCUUCAGAUUGUAUCAAUGAUAUUAGGAUUGUAUUAAUGAUCUCGGGAUUGUACUAACGAUCUUGGAAGUAUCUUAAUGAUCUUAGGAUUGUACUAAUGAUCUUGUAUUAAUGAUCUUGGGAUUGUAUUAAUGAUCUUGGGAUUGUACUGAUGAUCUUGGGAUUGUAUUAAUGAUCUUGGGAUAGUAAUAAUGAUCUUGCAAUGGUACUAAUAAUCUUGGGAUUGUAAUAAUGAUCUUGGGAUUGUACUAACGAUCUUGGAAUUAAGUUAAUAAUUAACCUAAUGAUCCUGGAAUUGUACUAAUGAUCUUGUAUCCUGUACUAAUGAACGCAGAAAAUUUCUCAAUGUUUCGGCUAGAAUGUUUCCUAAUUUGGCCAGUUGUUCAAAAGUCGGUGAGCUUAAUCCUAGCAAGCUUAACAAUUUCUUCGAAGCAAUCUUCCCAACAGCUUGUUUUUAAACAUGGAAAUGUUUUUCUAGAAAUCUUGCCUGGAUCAAUAGAAGUUUUAUUUUCCAAAGUUUUAAAUAAAUAGAGAUGCAGAAAUAAACAAACUAACAACAACAGGUUAAAUUUUAACCCAGGGAAAGCGCUAUAAUCCACCUUGAACAACCGGCCUCUGUAGACUUUAAUUCAAUGCUCAACAACAUUUGCAUGUUUCAUUACUCAAUGCUUAACAAUUACUUCUCAAUCUUUUCCUUCAAGUGACAGAUCAAGAUUCUUCGCCCGUGGUUGAUGAGUUGACAGGAUCUGCUAAUCCCUCAAGAAAUAAUUCCCAACCGGCGCCGAGGCAACCACAACUUUAUACGACACCAAACCAGGAGCACGAAUACGAAUAUGUCUACGCUAACGAUCGUACAUUUGGUUUGCAACCUCGGAGUCAUAAGUACGAGAUACCUCAGAGCGCUAAAUACGAAUAUCCGGAGCAACCCCAAAGCCAUCAAUAUGAGUAUCCUUCAAUUGGAGCGCUGCAAUUACAGAAUGGCAAAAGUAAAAAUGUUAAAGAAAAACGUAACAAGGAAGCCAGUAAAACAGGGAAGACAGGUGUUGGUGUAACGGACGGCGAGUAUACUGCACUAGUAAGACCGCCAAUAAACAACAAUGAGAGUGACGAUAGCGGUUACACACAUCUGAAGAAUGUCCAAAGAAGAAAAGAAAAAGCAGGUGCAACUAAGAGGACGGAUAAACCAGAUGGAUUACUUAAUGCAAUGGACGGCGAGUAUACUCCACUAGCAAGGCCGUCAUUAAAAAAUGAAUGUGAAGAUAGUGGCUACACGCCUCUGAUCAAUAGUAAAAAAAUAAGUGAGCAAGCAGGUGCAAGAAAAGAUGAAGCAGACGACUUGAUAUAUGCUAGUGCAAUGGAGGGCGAGUAUACUCCACUUGCAAGGCCGCCAUUAAAAAAUAAUAAAAGCGAAGCUCCACGUUAUGCACCUCUGAUCAAGAAAUGA